UUUAUUCAAAAUGGCUGAAAUAAAUACGUACUGUGUGUCAAUAUAAAACAUUUAAACGAUAAAUAAAUAAAAUUUAUAUUGAUUUAAUGUGAUUUUAUUAAGUUAACACAUUUCAGAAUUGUAUUGCUACGAGAAAUGUAAUUAUUAAAUUCUACAUAAGUGAUAAAAUUCUAUAAUAUAAUAAUGGCUAAUCCUUUGGCGAAUGUACCUGUAUCGCAGAUUUUAAAAAAUAAGAGUCAAUUCGAGGAUGAACCAAAGAAAAAAAGUAGAGAUGAUUGGCGAAAGGCUAAAGAAUUGGAAGAGGCGAGAAAAGCUGGUACUGCACCGGCUGCUGUCGACGAGGAAGGAAAAGACAUUAAUCCUCAUAUUCCACAAUAUAUUAGCACUACUCCUUGGUACUUUGAUGCUCAGGGUCCAACAUUAAAGCAUCAACGUCCACAACCUGAACGUCAAAAGCAAUUCAGUGGUAUUGACGACUGGUAUAUUCGUGGACAACAACAACAAACAAAUCGUGCUGUUAAAUAUCGAAAAGGUGCCUGUGAAAAUUGUGGUGCUAUGGGUCAUAAACGUAAGGAAUGUUUUGAGAGGCCAAGAAAAUUAUUGGCAAAAUUUUCACAAACACAAUUGGCUUCCGAUGAUGUACAACAACCAGAUUUAUCACUUGAUUAUGAUGCAAAACGUGAUCGAUGGGCCGGUUAUGAUCCCUCUGAGCAUCGGGAAAUUGUCGAGGAAUAUCAAAAAAUUGAGGAGGCAAAAAAAGAAAUACGUGCCGAAAAGCUCAAUGCUGGUGAAAUUGAUGAUCAGGAUUCGGAUAAAGAUGAAGAUAAAUAUGUCGAUGAAAUUGAUAUGCCUGGAACUAAAGUUGAUUCUAAGCAACGUAUUACUGUUAGAAAUUUGAGAAUACGCGAAGAUACAGCGAAAUAUCUUCGAAAUUUGGAUCCCAAUUCAGCUUAUUAUGAUCCAAAAACAAGAUCAAUGCGUGAUAAUCCUUACGCUGGUACGGACAGAGAGGUUGACUAUCAAGGUGAGAAUUUUACUCGUUUUACUGGAGACACACAGGAACAUGCAACGGCGCAACUCUUUGCCUGGGAAGCUUCUGGACGUGGAUUGGACGUUCAUCUUCUUGCCGAGCCAACGAAACUUGAACUUUUGAAAAAGGAAUACGAUAAAAAUCGUAGCGAGCAAAAGAAUAAAAGUAAAAAUCGUGUAAUUGAAAAAUACGGUGGUGAGGAACAUCUCGAUGUGCCACCAGCACCUCUUUUAUUGGCCCAAACUGAGGAAUAUGUCGAAUAUAAUCGAGCUGGUAAAAUAAUUAAAGGGCAAGAACGUCAAGUGAUACGUUCAAAAUAUGAAGAGGAUAUUAUUCCAGGCAAUCACUCUUCCGUUUGGGGUUCAUUCUGGCGUGAUGGAAAAUGGGGUUUCAAAUGUUGUCAUUCAUUUAUCAAAAAUUCUUAUUGUACCGGCGAGUCCGGUAAAUUGACAGCUGAUGUUCCAAUAAUUGUCCAAUCCACAAGUAAUGAGAAAAUAAUUACUCAACAAGCAUCAUCAUCAUCAUCAACAGCUGCUGAAUAUGAUGAGAAAAAUGCAAAUGAAGAUGAUAAGGAAAUUGAACAAAAGCAUAAUUCUUCUGAUUCAUCAUCAGAGUCUGAUAGUAGUGAUUCAAAUUCAGAUGUUGACACAAGGACUGUCACUGAAAAGAAGGCGAGUAAUAAGUUGAAAAAGUUGCAAAAGAAAAGAAAGCGUAAAGAAAAAUUACGAAUGAAGAAAAAAAAGAAAACUGAAAGUAAACUUCAAGAAGCUCUAAGAAAAGAAGAAGAAAGUCAAAGAGAAGGUGAAUUAAUGAUUAAAUUGGGAGAUAGAAAUAGAGCAUACAAUAGUAUGUACGAAGCAAAAGAGCCAACAGCUGAAGAAGUUGAAGCUUUUCAAAUUAAACGUUCCCGCGUUGAGGAUCCUAUGGCUCAUUUUAAAAAUUAAACCAUAUUAUUUUUUUCUUUUCAAGAAAAUUGUGUAUGUAAAUAAUAAUUUUUUUAUAUUAAAAAUUAUUUAGUCUCCUGGCAGUCAAUUUGAAUUCAGAUUUUAAUGAAUUCGUUAUUUUCUAGAAUUAUACCUCGAAAUUUAAAAGAAACAAAUUAUUUUCUAAACAUUUGAUAAUGUUUUGUUUAAUCUUUUCUUUUUUUUGAUAAAGAAAUUCUCUUCUUUUUGGACAUAAAAUAAAGAAGACUAAUUAUUUAGAACUAGUAUAUACUGAAGUACAAUUAAUAUAAUAAGUAGGAAAUAUGUCAGUGUAAUGAAAUGUAUAUAUGUGAUGUAUAUUUUUGUAAUAUAACGUAAAUAAACACUGAUUAUAUAAUAAAUUCAAA